AAAGAUGGAAACCGCCCCAGUUUGCGCUGCGGUGGAGGCACGUCUUUGGCCACCUGUAGACGGUGGGGUCCACUGCCGCGCCUCGUACGACAGCGAUGGGAGAAAAUGCUCCGGCGGCCAGCAGACAUAAUAAUAACCACUAUGGUGGCAACUGUGGAACCAUCAAAGCUCCCUUGUGAUCAUGGGAGCCAAUCUUUAUCCACAAGCAAAGAGAAGAGGACUUGCUUCGUUCGUGUAAUCUGCAGUCAAAACGAAGGGUGAGACUUCGUAUUUUUCUUACAUGUAGUGAGUACGACUAGAUGAUGGAUUGAAGUGGCCGAAGCAUGAUUCUUGGAUCUUGUCCCUUUGCAGUCUCCCUUCCUGGGAGCAGAUUGUGUUCCACGAGUCGAGAGUCUCAAUUAAAGGAGGAGGAGGAGGAGGAGGAGUUCUGCUAUCAGUCCUUUGUUGACAUGGGGUUUCCGGUGGGCUGCUCCGAGCUGAUCGUGCCAUUAACGCUCCUCCGCAUAGCUUUGCUCCUGGGCCACCUGCGACGCCUCCUCUUCCUGGUCUUCGACGUCCUCCCCUGGCCCGACAACUCCAGCAGCAUUAGCCGCGGCAGCAGAUGGAACCAACCGUUACAGUCGGCGUCGGCGACGCUGACCAUCGGAGGGGCGCUUCCGGUGGUGAAGUACGAGGAACUGCCGGAGGCCGACGACGGUUGCGCGGUGUGCCUGUGCGAGCUGGAGCACGGGGACGAGGUGCGGCGGCUAAGCAACUGCCGCCACGUCUUCCACCGUGGCUGCCUGGACCGGUGGGUGGAGCACGACCAGAGCACCUGCCCGCUCUGCCGGGCUCCACUCGUCCCGGUGGAGAUGCGCUGGGCCUCCGCCACGGAUUCUUACUACGACGACGACGACGACGACGACGACUGCUUGUCGAUCGACUCUUCUCUUCAUCUUUAGGUAAUGGCGUCAUACAAUAGCGUGAUCUCUGCACUUUGGCUCUGCUGAUCUCUACACGGGGAGUUCACGUCACUGAUCUAAAGAAAGCUAUUGGUUUGAGCAAGAUGAAGAUUCAAGAGACCUCAUCUAAAGUAGCUAAAUCUUUCUUCUUCAAGUCCUUCCUCUCUUACACUCAUCAGUACUCAACAUCUCAGCUCUUGGACUCCUCCAUGCUUCUGCUUCCAUGAAGCUCCAAAGACCAUAAUACCUCUGCUUCAGAUGAGGUUAUGUCGAGCAGUGUCACCUUUCAAUCACUCUCUAUGAAGACAACUUCUUUACCACAGUAUCA